AUGGCCUCCGUCGCGUCCGCCUCUCCGUCCUCCAAGUACAGCUUCCUCCACCCGGAGUCGGGCGACGAUACGGAAUCGUGGCACUAUGUAGAUUCGUGCGACCCAGCAUCUGUCGGCUUAGUGCCUAGCCCAACGAGCUCGAGCCUCAACGGCUGGGGGAUCGUCGGAUAUCCCAACCAGAACCAGAUUCGCAACUCGCCCGUCGCCAUGUCGCCCUUGCAGCUAGACCACGAUCUACCCCGCGGAGUCCCGCCCACUUCGUAUCCAGACCACACCGCGGGCGCGUCCGCGAUGGCCUCCACCCGAGUCGACAGUCAAUUGGUGUCGGGCCUCGACGACCAGCAAUUCUUUGACAGCCAGAACCUGUUCUUCCACGAUUCAUUUCCUGGUACUUUAGAUAUGCCGAUCUAUUCUUCCGCAUUCCACGGCGGUAUGGCCGAUAUGUCAGGGCUCGGGGGGCUCGGGAUGGCGUCGGCGACGCAGCCGAUCGACCUCGGCAUCCCCCAGCAGUUUCGCAGCGACAACAACGUCCCGCCUUGGGUGCCGAUGAACCUGAAGAACCAGGACUUCUCGGUUGGAGCGGACGAGAACAACUUCGUCACCCAAAUCCCCCCACAGUCGUCCCCGGCCCACAGUUCCCUCCUCUCGAGCCCGAGGUCGCCCCCGCGCAUCAAGCAAGAGCCUAGAAAGAGCGUAAGCCCCAUACGGAAGGUCAAGAGCGGCGGGAAGGUGGAGAAGAGGCGUGCGGAACCGUCGAGCAAGUUCGUGAUCAUGACGCCGAACCUCAUCAGCCAGCAGUCGGGGAAGCCAAACCCGUUCGAGUGCUUCGAGGCGAUGCGCACUACGCAGAGGGGGAGGAAAGGACCGCUGGCACAUGACACUAAAGAGAGCGCGCUCCAAGUCCGGAGGUUGGGAGCUUGUUUCUGUUGUCACAGCCGCAAGGUCAAGUGCGAUAAGGAACGGCCAUGCAAGAACUGCAAGAAGCUCACGGCUCAAGUACCCCAGAUCAUGUGCUGGCAGUUUGGGGAUUUCCUGCCUGUGCUGUUCCCCGACUUCAUCCGGAGCCACUUCAAGAAAGACCAGAUGGCCAGCUUCCUCGGCGAGCAUGUGAAGAGCUUCAGGGUGAACGGCGCGGAGCUGACGUGCUCGGUCGAGCUCUUCUCGGGCGCACGCUUCGCCUCGACGUUAACCGUGCCCGCCAGCUUCUUCACGCCCCGGACGGCCGAGAUACUCCAGCACUGGCACAUGAACAUGGGCAUGAACCAGAUGGACCUCCAGCCCCGCGGCGCCGCCCCCAUCGGCAUCGACCCGGAUAACGCCACCCAGCGCGAAGAGCUCAAGCGCCGCGCCCGCGAGUACAUUCAGAACCUCGUCGCCGAACCUUUGUACGCCGAGCAGGUCACCGACUCCAUUCGUUCCACACAGUUGCCGCGCAAGGUUCUGUCCAUCGUUCAGCGCUACGCGCAACGGUCUCAGUCUGCGAUGGUGAAGCGCGCGCUGUCGAUAUACGUAGCGCAUUAUGUUCUGACGCGGCAGCUGUGCCUUACGGCGGGCACGGUGGUGAACCUACAGCAGCAGCAGAUCACGACGGGCCUAGUGCCCCGGGACGGCGGCGCGUGGAUGACGGCGCGGGUGCUCAACCGGCAGAUCAAGGCGGUGCUCGACGAGCUGCUGCUGCGCGAGGCGCAGUCGCUGUUUGACGGGUUCGCGCGGUCGCUCAAGCCGAAGCUGCGCCGCGAGUGGGCGCCCUGCGUCGCCGCCUUCCUCGCGUUGUGCCUCUUCAUGGAGACGGUGGAGACGGCGGCGGACACGUUCGUCAUCUCGCACAACGAGAUCGCGCUCCGGACCAACCGCCAGCACCAGCACCGCCACGGCCGCUCCGCCCCUAGCAUGCCCUCGUCAUCCUCCUCUUCCGCAGCCCCGACCUCAGCCCCUUCUUCCACCGCUGCCGCUACGUCGGCGGCGCCGCCGACGACGUAUCGCCGGGACUUCGCGCUGGCGCUGGUGCGCGAGAUCGACAACUUGCCGUUCAAGCAGUUCGCGUACCAGUUCCACCAGAUCUAUCAGACGCACACGCGCGACACGGGCGCCAAGGCGUUCAACCCGCUCGUCGACGCCGACGGUGGCGACGGCAGCAGCGCCGACCUCGCGGCCGAACUCGACCCAGCCGCGGCGGAUAUGGUUGCCGAGCUUAGGGAGCUGCUGCAGGGAGACAGCUGGCACGAGCUCGACUUCCUCGUCGCGGACUUGAUCCUGCCGAACCAGGAGGGCCACCCGUUCCCGCGUGACGUCUCGCACAACUACACCGGACGCCUCGUCGCGCGGUUCCUGCUGUCCUUCACCGACGAGCGGUACUUGUUCGACGGCCAGUACUGA